AUGAAUAAUCAUCAAUCGAAAUUAUCGACCCAAGCUCCGAACAGUAAGCGGUUUAUUGCGUGUCCAUUAUGUGAAUCUCGCGUACUUUUAAUGACCCUUAAUGAUCAUCUCGAUAUCUGCCCAUCUAACAAGCAUAAAACACAACAGAAACAACAUAUACCAAGACAAGGGAACACACUAAAAUCAUACCUAUCUGGUAAUAAUAGGUUGCCUUCAACAGCAAAUGAGUCAUCCCCGUCAUCCGAUAAGACUUCCAGUUCGAAAAGGAAUCAUGAAGUGAUAAAUUUAGAUAACGAGCCUGCAACUCCAGCAGCCAAAAAAACUAGUACCUCAACUACAGGAGUGAAUGCUACCCAAUCAAGUAUUGAGUCAAAAUUAAAAGAAGAAAUUGCAGUUUUAAAGAAAUCAGCUCAUUUACCUUUAAGCGAAAGAUUGCGACCUCAAACCCUUCGUGAGUAUGUCGGCCAACAACAUAUUUUAUCUCAGGAGAAAGGUCCAUUGUUUCAAUAUAUUAGACAGGGUAUAAUACCGUCUAUGAUACUUUGGGGGCCGCCUGGUGUUGGUAAAACUUCAUUAGCGAGGCUGUUUACCAAAGAGGCUAGUGCUGUUUCCAGCUCAGGUAGCAAGGAUGAACGACCAGUCCAUUAUUGGAUGAUAGAGACUAGUGCUACUAAAGCAAAUACUCAGGAACUAAGAGGCAUUUUUGAAAAGGCAAAGAAGGAAUUCCAAUUAACAAGGCGUAGGACCGUGUUGUUUAUUGAUGAAAUUCAUAGGUUUAAUAAAGUUCAGCAAGAUUUGUUGUUACCGCAUGUUGAGAAUGGUGAUAUCAUCUUAAUUGGUGCUACUACAGAAAAUCCCAGUUUUCAAUUGAAUAAUGCUCUUAUUAGUAGAUGUCAAGUGUUCGUUUUAGAAAAAUUGAGUACAAAUGAGAUGUGUAUAGUACUUUAUAGGGCCAUUGCAUUAUUGAAUAGAUCUAGAAAAUUACUUUGGGGUGAUAUUAAGGCUUUACAACUCUCAAGAGAUAUUAUGGAAUAUAUUGUUGACGUUUCUGUCGGAGAUGCUAGAAGAGCUCUCAAUAUACUAGAAAAGGUUGAAAUCUCAACAAGGCAAGAUGAUAAGACGAAUGGCAAAGGGAACAGUGCUGAGACUGCUGAAAGCGAAGAGAAGAAAGUAAUUACUCUGAAUGAUGUUCGGGACAUAAUCAAAAAUAAUAGUGAUAGUAUAUUGAACACCUAUUAUGACGUAAAAGGUGACUUCCAUUAUGAUGCCAUAUCAGCAUUCCAUAAGGCUGUAAGAGGAAGUGACGAAAAUGCUAGUCUUUAUUAUUUAGCAAGGAUGUUACAAGGUGGUGAAGACCCGCUUUAUGUUGCAAGAAGAAUGAUUCGUAUUGCGAGUGAAGAUAUAGGAAUAAGAGAUAACUCAUUACUAUCUCUAGCGAUUGCAGCUCACGACACUGUGAUGAAGCUAGGAUUACCUGAAGCCGAUAUGGCACUUGUGCACUGUUGUGUUGCAUUGGCAAGAGCCCCCAAAUCUGUUGAAAUAUACAGAGCUUGGAACAAUAUAAAAAGCAUGUUAAAUGAAAACAAAUAUUCCUUAGCUAGCAGUGAGAUUCCAAUGCAUAUUAGAAACGCACCCACUUCGUUGAUGAAAGAUCUGGGAUACAGUAAAGGAUAUAAAUAUAAUCCAGACUACGUUGAUGGUAAGGUCAAACAGGAGUAUUUUCCAGAGGAAGUUUUACACAAAUGUCCUAAUAAAAAAGAACUACAGUUCCUGACGGGAAAGCACCUUGGUACUAGGGUCGAUCCUGAUUUACUGAAGGAUAAGAAAUGA